CGCUGCCGCGAAAACGCGUCAAAAAAGUUUCUUCCCGUACCACGACAAUGCGAAUUCAUUGAUACGAGCCUUAUAGGAAUAUGAAUUCAGAUGGAUACCAUCCAGUAUCAGAGCUGGGUGAUGAAUCCGCCAUCGUCACGGCUAGAGAAGCCUUCAAAGAUAUCGCAUUCGGGAGUAUAGCCGGAAUGAUCUCGGAGGUGUUCGAAUAUCCAUUUGACCUCGCAAAAGUGCGGCUGCAGUCGCAAAUGCUGACACCUGCAUCGGAAAAUAUUGGAAGACGUUUUAAUGGACCACUGGACUGUUUGAUGCAGACAUGGAGGGACGAAGGAUUCAAGGGACUCUAUAGGGGCCUGCCUGCACCUCUCGUCGGCUCAAUGGCAGAGACCGCCGCCUUAUUCUUCGCCUAUUCCUCGUUCCAAAAUGUCAUCCGUGCCUAUUCCUUCCGUAAAGACCCUCAAGAAUCAUCUCUGGAGCUUUCGAUACCACAGCUGGGCCUUGCAGCUGCUGGUGCAGGCUUUGUCACCAGUUUUAUUCUAACACCCAUUGAGCUCGUAAAGUGCAAAAUGCAAGUCCAGAUGAUGAACCAUCAUACGAGCGCACAUAUUCCACCCAUUCACAGUACACCGAAGCCCAUCAAACAGAUGGUAACACAGACACAAUCACUAUCGUCUCCAUCUCCGUCGUCAUCGCGCUCACCACUAUCCACGCUUGCACGGUCAAUGUCUACACCUGCAGAGGCAGAGGCGUAUCGUCAACGUCUACCCGGUCCCACGUCCAUUAUUAGGACAGUCGUACAAGCUCACGGUGUUCGAGGACUCUGGUUAGGUCAUACCGGAACCUUACUCCGCGAAGCCGGUGGUACUGCUUCAUGGUUUGUCCUCAAAGAAUGGCUCGCGUCAGAGUUCAAGAGGCGGCGACUCGGCGAGGGCAUACCCGGCGAGCUUCUGCCGUGGGAGUCGGCAGUCUCUGGUGCAAUAUCGGGCGCGGCGUGUGUGCUGGCACUGUAUCCCGCCGAUACAGUGAAAAGUGCGAUGCAGACAGAGGAGGAGUUGCGUUCUCAGCUGGGGAAAAAGAUGACGGAAGGGGCCACCUCUUUUUAUCGGACAGCUACGAGGAUGUACUCUAUGCAUGGGAUUAGAGGGUUAUAUGCUGGGUGCGGCAUGACCGUCGUGAGAGCAGUGCCCAGCAGUGGGAUCGUCUUUCUAGUAUAUGAUGGGCUGAAUUCCUGGUUCAGUAGAUUAUGAGGCAGCAUUUACUUAGAACAUACACAACUUAAUCAACAGGUUCCAUUUUAUUGUAUUUGCAUACAUUUGUCUAUCUAGAUCAUCUUCUCUCACUCACACCCAUCGGAGAACCUACAUCGAAUUACAGCCACGCUCUUUAUUGGGCGAAUAUCUCUACACACGCAAAA